GGAGAAGUAGACUAAAGUACAAUUUACAACACUACUUCAUAUCAUUCAUCCACCAGAAUAAACAGUUCUCCGUUUUCCCAUCUGUUGUUCUACUUUUUUUUUCUCAAUUUCAGACUAAUCCAAACAAGCCCGGUUCAAAAUUUUGGUUGUCUAUACGUAUAUAUAUACGUAUAGAGGGAGAAGGGGAAGAGGGAGAUGCUAUUCCGCAGAGGGAUCCAAUGCUUUAUGUUUAAUAGAAAUGGAAGGAGAACGGUAAUAUUUGUUGGGAUUUUGUUGUUAUUUUGCGGAAAUGGAGUGAGAGCGUCGAUCCAUGAGUACAAGAAUGAAGGAUUCAUUCCUCGCUUUAAUUCCUUCUUCUUCCAUGGGGGCAGUGAGGGAUUGUAUGCUUCCAAGAAUCUUGACCCGCUCAAAACCACAACCAAUGAUGAUACUAAUAAACCCCUUCAGGGAAAAUCCUUCAUUAGGUUUGAGUCCAUCACAUUUAGGAGACCAAAAGAGAUUGCCAACAAGCAGAACGAGAUGCAGCAAAGUACUGGUGUGGUAGAGGCCAUUAUAGUUGAGGUCAAAGACAGAGAUAAGAUUGGAGGAGCUUAUAUGAAUUCCAGUGCAAUAUGCUGCAAUCCUGCUCUUGCUAAGGAGGGGUUAUGCAAAGUUGGCGAGGUAAUAAUCCGCCAAGAUCCCGAUAACCCAGGAUGGCCAAGAAAGCUACAGGUUUCAUUUGAGGGAAACAGUGAAGAGGCUAAUAUGGUGCUUCAGACUGUUGAGAUUAAUAAAACUGGAAUGUAUUAUCUAUACUUUGUGUUUUGUGACCCAGAACUGAAGGGUACAGUAAUGAAUGGAAGAACUGUCUGGAGAAAUCCAGAAGGUUAUCUACCAGGUAGGAUGGCACCAUUGAUGACAUUUUAUGGCCUUAUGUCUCUAGCAUACAUUGCUCUUGGUGUUCUAUGGUUUUUGCGGUUUGUGCAACACUGGAAAGAUAUAAUAAAACUGCAUUACCAAAUCACAGCUGUGAUAGGACUGGGAAUGUGUGAAAUGGCCCUCUGGUACUUUGAGUAUGCAAACUUUAAUGCCACUGGGAGUAGACCAAUUGGAAUUACUCUUUCGGCAGUUACUUUCAGUGCUAUAAAGAAAACUGUUUCUCGUCUUAUUCUCCUUGUGGUUUCAAUGGGUUAUGGUGUUAUGAGACCAACCCUAGGAGGCAUAACCUCGAAAGUAAUUCUUCUGGGUGUGGUAUAUUUUGUGGCUUCAGAAGCCCUGGAGCUUGUAGAGCAUUUGGGAAAUAUCAACGACUUUACAGGAAAAACCAGGCUCUUCUUGGUGCUACCAGUAGCACUUCUUGAUGCCUGCUUUAUUCUUUGGAUCUUUUCAUCAUUAUCCAAGACUUUGGAGAAGCUACAGAUACGAAGAAGCAUGGCCAAACUUGAGCUCUACCGAAAGUUCACCAAUGCUCUAGCAGUAUCAGUUCUGCUUUCAGUUGCUUGGAUUGGCUAUGAGUUGUAUUUCAAUGCUAGUGACCCCCUCAGUGAAUUGUGGAGAAGAGCAUGGGUCAUCCCAGCAUUCUGGACUUUGCUUGCUUUCUUGUUAUUGGUGGUUAUAUGCGUCCUGUUGGCUCCUUCACAUAAUCCAACUAGGUACGCGUAUGAGACUGGUGAUGAUGAGGAGGAGGCUAUCUCUCUGACUGCCGCAGGAGUAAUAGUAGCUGGAGACUUGGCAUCCAAAGUAGAAAGAAAAGAAAGGAAGACAUCAAUUGCAUCAGAUCAUGUCUUUGGGCUCGGGGAAGAUAUUGAGGAGGACAAAAGGGAGUGACACCUCUUUCACCUUGUAUUCUCAUUUAACUGUGGCUUCUAUGCAUAUACAUAAGUUUUUACUAGAUCCUCCUUAUGCCUUCCCUUUUUACCCUGUAAAGAACCAACAGAAAUUUAUAUACAACAUAGUGAAAAUCGGAGAAACAAAUUAACUGCCUUCCCUAAGACCCUAUUUCCAGUAUCAUGUUGCAAAAAGUUUUGGAUACGGUGUACUGACUAGAGUUCAUGAGGAAAUAUCUAGUAACUUACUGACUGUUUCUGAACUUUGUUGAGGCCUUUUACAAGUUUACUACUGUUAUACAA